AUGGGAUCUGACAAUCGAAGCUUGAUGGGUUCCAGAUACCCAUCUCAUCGACUUGGCAAUGGCCUUUUUGUAUCUGGUCGACCAGAGCAGCCAAAAGAAAAGGCUCCAACAAUGAGCUCAACUGCCAUGCCUUAUACAGGUGGUGAUAUUAAGAAAUCAGGAGAGCUGGGGAAAAUGUUUAUCCCUACAGAAGGUUCCAAGUCUAGGAAAUCUGGACCUAUAACCGGUCCUCCUUCAAGGACUGGAUCUUUUUCAGGGGCUGCUACACAUUCAGGGUCAGUGAUGUCAAAUGCUGCUCCGCGUGCUGGCUAUACCACAUCAGGUCCUUUAUCCUCUGGAGGCUUGCCUGGUUCAGCAUCACUAAAGAAAUCGAGUUCCGGACCACUAAAUAAACAUGGGGAACCCAUAAAGAAGUCCUCUGGCCCUCAAUCUGGUGGAGUAACGCGGCAAAAUUCUGGAUCUAUUCCAUCAGCCCUGCCAGCGACUGGUCUCAUAACAUCCGGACCUAUUUCUUCAGGACCACUAAAUUCUUCUGGUGCUCCUCGGAAAGUGUCUGGUCCAUUGGAAUCCACUGGUUCAUUGAAAUUACACAGCUCUGCCAUUAUUAACAACCCAGCUGUGACAACUUUAAAUCAGGAUGAUGACUACUCUGUCAGGAGGAACUUCCCCAAAACAGUUGUAUGGUUGGUUAUACUGAUUUUCGUGAUGGGAUUCCUUGCUGGUGGUUUUAUUCUUGGAGCUGUUCACAACGCCAUCCUCCUCAUUGUCGUUGUGGUUCUUUUUGUCAUAGUUGCUGCAUUAGUUUUUUGGAAUAUGUGUUGGGGAAGAAGAUAUAUCGCUGAGUUCACUGCUCGCUAUCCUGAUACUGAUCUCAGAACUGCAAAAAGUGGGCAAUAUGUGAAAGUUUCUGGGGUGGUUACCUGUGGUAAUGUCCCUCUGGAGUCUUCAUUUCAAAGAGUUCCCAGAUGUGUCUAUACAUCUACAAGAUUGUACGAGUACCGUGCAUGGGGUUCAAAACGUGCCAACUCUAAUCAUCGCUACUUUACAUGGGGAUUGAGAUCAUCAGAGAGGCAUGUUGUUGACUUCUACAUCUCUGAUUUCCAAUCUGGUUUAAGAGCAUUGGUUAAGACUGGCGGUGGCACAAAAAUAACUCCUUUGGUUGACGAUUCUUUGGUUGUUGAUAUUAACCCUGGAAAGAAAGACUUGUCUCCGGAGUUUGUCAGGUGGUUGGGAAAGAAAAAUCUUUCGAGUGAUGAGCGUUUAAUGAGACUGAAAGAAGGGUACAUCAAAGAAGGCAGCACUGUUAGCGUGAUGGGGAUUGUUCAGAGAAAUGACAAUGUGCUUAUGAUAGUGGCACCUCCGGAGCCAUUGGCAACCGGAUGGCAAUGGCCCAGAUGCAUCUUUCCAGCUAGCCUUGACGGUAUUGUUUUGAGAUGUCAAGAUACAUCAAAUGAUGAUGUGAUACCUGUGUAG